AUGGCCUCAAUUUUUGAUUCAAUUGAAAAAGGCCUUGAUGCAUGGGGAUUUGACCUAUGCCAACCGUUCUCAAUUGAGGAUUACAACGAAAACGUUCCCGAUAUAAAUAAAAUACCGUCGAUGGGGAGGAAGAGCACAUUGGCGAUUUUAGUUGGAAAUUCCCGUAAUGUAUGGGAGCAUUUUAUUGACGCAAUGGUCAAAGAUGAUGCUCUGUUUCAAAAUGAGAAUCCUUUGGACGAAUAUACGAAAAGGGCUUUAGAGUCCGUUCUAUCAAAUAUCCACAUCCACUAUCGCGUUUAUUAUACAUUCAAGUCUCGAGAAGUUCCUUCGCUGAACUAUCAACUAAUUGCAGAAAUUUCGGGAAUGUGUAAGAGAAGCUACCAAAGUAAAAUGUGUUAUCACUAUAAAUAUGGUCACUGGAUUGGUCUGCGUGCGGUAAUCGUGCUGGACCACUCCUUCGUGUACAAUUUGUCAACCAAGCAUAUGCAGGACUUCCAGAUCUGCCGACUGUGCGAUCAGAAGUACGGCGAGCGUUUGGACUAUUUAUGGCGAGACAAGACGAUGAUUGCAAACACUUCGCACGAUUUGCACACACAACCAAUACAACUACUCCUACGAAGAAGCUUGCUAUCAUUACAGCAAGAACCGGAAGGUUUUGGAGCGCGAAGUGGAGCGAUUUCGGAAGGGAGAUCGCACGCAGCGAUACGACUGGAUGGAGGAAUUCAAUCGGGAUCCAGAACAUUAUCGAUUAGAGGAUGA